UCUCCCUCCUACUCCUCCUCCUCCACUACUCUCUCUCUCCAGAUCUCGCCCCACCGCCAUGGACGUCCUCGACGCCGGCCACCGCGCCACGCCGGAGCCCUCCUCCUCCUCCUCCUCCGCCGCCGCCGCCGACAUGUCCGGCGCCUCCGUCCUCCCGCUCGCCGGCGCCGCCUACCAGCCCUACGUCUCCGAGCUCCUCUCCUUCUCCAUCGAGCGCCUCCACAAGGAGCCGGAGCUGCUGCGGGUGGACGCGGAGCGGGUGCGGCGGCAGAUGCAGGAGGUGGCGGUGGAGAACUACGGGGCCUUCAUCGCCGCAUCCGAGGCGCUCUCCUUCGUCCGCGCGCAGCUCGAGGGGUUCGACAGGCACCUCGAGGCACUGAUAGAGGAGAUACCGAAUUUAACAUCUGGCUGCACCGAGUUUGUUGAGUCAGCACAGCAAAUUUUAGAAGAGAGGAAGCUCAAUCAGACAUUACUAGCCAAUCACAGCACACUGCUUGAUCUGCUUGAAAUCCCACAACUGAUGGACACAUGUAUACGAAAUGGGAACUAUGAUGAGGCACUUGACCUGGAAGCCUUUGUUAGUAAAAUAUCAAAGUUGCACCCUGAUUUACCUGUUAUCCAAGGCUUAGCUGUUGAAGUCAAGAAGACAAUACAGUCAUUAAUUUCUCAGCUUCUCCAGAAGCUUCGAUCAAAUAUUCAGUUGCCUGAAUGCCUCCGUAUUGUUGCACAUUUGCGCCGCAUUGGAGUGUUCAGUGAAUCAGAAUUGCGUUUACAGUUCUUGAGAUGCAGGGAAGCUUGGCUUUCUGGGAUUCUUGAUGACCUGGACCAAAGGAAUGUAUAUGGGUAUCUAACAGGCAUGGUGGGUUACCACAGAACACAUCUAUUUGAUGUUGUCAAUCAAUAUCGAGCAAUAUUCAACAAUGAUAAGUCCGGAAGUGAUGAGAACUACGAUGGUGGAUUGCUUUUCAGCUGGGCAAUGCACCAAAUAAGUAAUCAUCUUACCACUCUUCAAGUUAUGUUGCCAAAUAUAACGGAAGGUGGCUCUCUCUCCAACAUUCGUGAACAGUGCAUGUAUUGUGCAAUGGGCCUUGGCUUGGUUGGACUGGAUUUCCGUGGCUUACUUCCACCAAUUUUUGAAAAAGCUGUGUUAAAUUUGUUUUCAAAGAACAUGGGUACAGCAGUCGAGAAUUUUCAGGUUGUUCUGGAUUCACAUCGUUGGGUUCCAAUGCCAUCUGUUGGCUUUGUAGCGAAUGGAGUUGUGGAUGAGACUUCUGAUGAUGUGACGCCGCCUUCUGUUUUAAUGGAGCAUCCACCUCUUGCAGUCUUUGUCAAUGGUGUUUCAGCGGCAAUGAAUGAGCUAAGACCGUGCGCACCAUUGAGCUUGAAAAAUGUACUUGCCGAGGAGGUGGUGAAGGGAUUACAAGCCGUUUCUGACUCCCUAGUCAGAUACAAUGCCAUGCGGAUGCUGCGUGGAAAUGAGUCCUCUCUUUUCCUUUCACUUUGCCAGGCAUUUAUUGAGGUCGCAUAUCCUUACUGCUCUGCAUGUUUUGGCCGAUGCUACCCCAAUGGAGCAAUAUUGAUCACAGAGCGACGAAGCACAUUCGACGCAGUCAGCCAGCUGCUGACUGUACCUGCAAGGUCCAACAGCUCAGGGAUCAGCAUCGAACGGAGGCAAUCAGGCAGCAUUGAGAGAAAACAGUCUGGAGCCAUUGAACGUAAGCAAUCGGAAGGCAUCGAAAGAAAGCAGUCGAUCGACGAGAGCGCGGGGACAACAGCCACCGACAAUGGGACCCCAGCUAACGGACCACCUCCAGUGGCGAACGAUGAUUCUGGGACCUCCUCAGCACCAGCUCAGCCUGAUGGGCAAACCACUGCAGCAGCAAGUACGUAGCUUUGACUUUGUUAAUGCCUUUGAUGGAACCUGUCGAAGUUUUUUGGUCAUGGCCUUGGGUUAUCGUCAGCCAACAAGUGUCUCUACUGCAAGAUUAUGCCUGACGAGAGUUCAGUUUCGGUUUUCUCAUGGUCUUACAAUGUAUACAAGCAUCUCAUACCAAGAUCUCGGAUCUUAAUUUGUACAAUACAGCCAUUAAUUUUUUUAGCUGGUCAUCAUUAGUCCAUACCUAGAUGUUGUAGAGUGAAAGAUUGUUUCAGGGUGACAAUAAGCCGAUAAUGUGAAGUGAGCGUGCUACGUUGUUAACUGCAGAGUACUGCGCCUCUAUGUUUUCUUCUUUUCCAUUAAAUUACUGUUCAUUAUUUCUCGUAUUUAUGUUUCUGUUCUUUUAGUUUGUUU